AGAAAGAGAAGGAGUAGAAAACAAUAUUUUUUGUGGUGUUAGUUAUGCUUGUUUUGUGUUGCCCUUUAACGAAUGAAUAUAGGACAAGAAAAGAAAAAAUUGAUUGAUUACCCAUAAAUUAGGGGUAAGUUUCUAUAAACUGAUUUCAACAUUCGUUUAAUAACAAUUUUUUAGUUAAUUAAUUAAAUAAUUAAUAGGAUUGUAGAAGAAAAACAGAGGGUUGUGGCGUAGGUGAUGUCCUUCCUUCCUGAGAUAGAUGUUGUAUUGGAAGAAAAGAAAAAGAAAAAGAAAAAGAAAUGUGGAAAGGGACUAGAAAGGGAGGAGGAGGAGGAGGAGGAAAUGGAUUGAUAGCGGUGGCUAUUGACAAAGAUAAAGGAAGCCAAAAUGCUAUUAGAUGGGCUGCUGAUACUCUUCUCACCAGAGGCCAAACCGUUAUUCUUAUCCAUGUUUCUCAUGCUCUUUCUUCCAGAGGUAGCGAGGGCGCGAUUGUAUGUAACGCUGCCAACAGUACUUCUUCAGCUGCAUCAUCUCCACAGAGACACCUAAUUGAUAAUGUUGCCAAGGAUCUCUUUGUUACUUUCCAUUGCUAUUGUAGACGCAAAGAUAUACAAUGCCUUGAUGUCCUACUUGAAGACACUGAUGUUGUCAAAGCAAUAACUGAAUAUGUCUCUUAUGCUGCAAUUGAGAACUUGAUCGUUGGUGCACCAUCAAGGCAUGGAUUUAUUAGAUCCUUUAAGUCAUCAAAUACACCAAGCGGCAUAUCAAAGGGGGCACCAGACUUCUGUACUGUUUAUGUCAUAUCUAAGGGGAAAAUCUCUUCAGUUCGGAAUGCUUCUCGUGCAGCACCACAUACCUCUCCUCUUCUCAACCAUAUACAUAACAAUCUAACUAGUGAGGAUGUAAAUCAAACUGCACAGCAGAUAUGCUCUAGACGUAUGAAUAUGAGAGACAGGACGUCGAUGAAACCUAACAGCUGGCAGGACGAAUCUAUGAACAGGUCUCCAUUUGGAAGAAGAGCCAGAGGCACGAGUGGAAUGUUAUGUGUAGACUUCACAGAUUCAGAUACAGACAUAUCAUUCGUAAGCUCUGGGAGGCCAAGCAGUGCUUGUUCAUCCUCUAUUUACGACUACAUGGACUCUGGUCGAACUUCACGAAUUUCUACCAGUACAGACCGUAGCUCUGGAUCCCACCGAUUGGGAAUCAAGUUCACUGAACCCAGUUCACCAGAUACCUCUUUUUCGCUGGAUAGCAGUAGGACAUCAUGUUCAUAUUCAAACAUGGAUGAAACAGAAGCUGAUAUGCGGAGGCUGCAGCUUGAGUUAAAACAAACGAUGGACAUGUACAAUACUGCGUGCAGAGAAGCACUUGCAGCACAACACAAGUUAAUGGAGAUGAGCCACUGGAAAAUUGAGGAAGAAAAGAAAUUAGAAGAGGCACGACUGGCCCAAGAAGCUGCGCUGGCAAUUGCUGAGAGAGAGAAAGCAAGAAGUAAGGCAGCUAUGGAAACAGCUGAAGCAGCUAGAAAAAUCGCAAAUGUGGAAUUAAAUAAAAGAUCAGGUGUUGAAGUUAAAUCUCUUAAAGAAACAGAGGAAUUGAGAAAGCUAUUGGAUAAUUUAGCCCAAACUGAUCUAAGAUACAGAAGAUACAAUAUUGAGGAGAUUGAAGCAGCCACAAACAUGUUUUCUGAAAAACAAAAAAUUGGGGAAGGUGGUUAUGGACCUGUUUAUAAAUGUUACCUUGAUCAUACUUCAGUGGCCGUCAAGGUUUUGCGUCCAGAUGCGGCUCAAGGGAAAUCACAAUUUCAACAAGAGGUUGACAUACUAAGUUGUAUUCGUCACCCAAACUUGGUGCUUCUUUUAGGAGCGUGUCCAGAGUAUGGCAUAUUGGUUUAUGAAUAUAUGGCGAAUGGAAGCUUAGAAGAUUGUCUGACUCGAAAAAAAAAUGAUAGGGUUCUGUGUUGGCAGCUUAGGUUCCGGAUUGCUGCAGAGAUAGCAACAGGUUUGCUAUUCCUACAUCAGACGAAGCCUGAACCUUUGGUGCAUCGUGAUUUGAAACCCGGAAACAUUUUGCUGGACAGGAAUUAUGUAUGUAAGAUAAGUGAUGUUGGUUUGGCAAGGCUGGUCCCUGUGGUGGCUGAAAAUGUAACACAAUGUUGCAUGACAUCAGCAGCGGGAACAUUCUGUUAUAUUGAUCCCGAGUAUCAGCAAACAGGAAUGCUUGGUGUGAAGUCGGAUGUUUAUUCUUUAGGGAUCAUAUUUCUACAGUUAUUGACUGGCAGACAUCCAAUGGGAUUGGCUCACCAUGCUGAACAGUCUAUUGAGAAUGGCACAUUUCAGGAAAUGCUUGACCCAUCGCUCUCUGAAUGGCCCCUUCAACAAGCAAUCUCCCUGGCCAAUAUAGCUGUCAACUGUGCACAACUUAGACGAAAAGAUCGGCCAGACCUAGCCAAGGAAGUGUUGCCUGAGCUUGUUAAACUCACAGAGUUUGCUGAAGAUAAUAUGGGUCCCAUCUUUCUAGGAGGAGGCAUUACAUGUAGUAGCAGUAAUGAACCUUCCCCCAACCACAGUGAAGCUUCUAUGACGCAGGACGUGAUGAGUGACCCACAGAUUGUAAAUUCAGGAAGCUCAAUAAGUCCACCACCAGAAGAAGAAAAUUCUUAAGUGUGUAUUAAUCAAAUAGACAAGUUGACCUACACUCUAUAACUUAAAUUAGAAAAGAGAGGACACAGAACUAGCCAAUGGUAAUUGGAAAUUUUUGUAUUGUUAUGUAAAUUAAUAUGUUAGGGAUUUGGAUUUUCUUCAGUUUGUAACACAAGCUUUCUUGUAAUUAAUACAUACUAGAUAGAUUUAGACCCAGCGUUGCAUUGACCAACCUUUAAUUUUGAAA